AUGUCCGCGUAUCUCAUUCAGACUGCAGCCGCACGUCGUCGGGCCUUGCACUUUGCUUUUCGGGCAUCUCAUGCGGAGCAGUCCACCGAAGACCUAUUGGAUGAAUUAGCAAGCUUAAGGCGUGACAUCGAAGAAGUGAUAUCUUUAUUGCCAAGGCGAUAUCAAUUUAACUCCGGCAAUAUGACGCUACACAGAGAUCGACUUACUACGUUCUUGCUCUUGCACAUCCUACGACAUAAUCUGUUUAUCAUAAUCGGUCGUGCAGAAUUGCAGAUAUAUGCACGUGAUUAUUCGAAGGCAAACCUUAUCCCUCAGGUUCGACGCAAUAGAAUUUCACAUGCCCUUCCUGUGGCCGGUCUGAUUUUGGAAGUCCUCAAGUCAAACAUCUGUUUCGAUCCCCAGGUUGGCGUCCACGCAUACGUUGCACUUGAGAUACUCCUAUUCGAACCGCGCCGAUUAGCCCAACAAGAUCCGCUAUUUGAUUCGAAUUCGUCUGAGUUGAUGGAUGCUAUUCCGCAUUUACUCACUGUGAUACGCAGCAUUGCAGGAAGAUCAGAAUUCGUAACGCAACUACACGUUGAAGCUGUUCAUCGUCUUCUUCGCUGUGGUUGCUCUAGCAUAUUGACAAAAGGCGACAUGGAUGCUUUCCGGAGCGAAUAUCGUCUUGUUGGUCAAGAGCCUGCGGAGUAUGAUUUCCGUGAUUUUCGGUGGGCGAAACUCGAAAGAUUACGGCGAGGAGCGAAAUCAAUCGUCAACAUUGCACGUGACGAAUCGCUUCUUGAAUUUAAGAUGGAUGCCGAGACAGCUGCUCCUUCAGCUAUUUCUUCACCGCGUUUGGAUGCACUUGACGUCAGCCUACAACAAAGCAUAUCUUCAGACCAACCGACCGACUCUUCUAUUGGCAGCGACCCGCUUAGCAUCCAUGAUCAACCGAAUUUUGUAAUGACUAACAUUUUGCAGAGUACACAAUCGCUAGAGGCUUUUGAUGCAUUUAAUAACUCAGCUCAAGAUUUUCCACUUGACUGGGCAUGGCUGCUUGGUGAAUCUGCACAUCCAGGCCAGCAGAGUGGUGACCCAACAGCGUUCUGGAACCAACUUGAACAUAUAUGAUCCGUUGUGCCGGCUUUGGUCCUCACGAUUGAUUGAGAGUGGGGUUGAAACAAAAAACGAAAAUUAAGGAAGAAAUUACGAGGCUUCUUAGUUGCCACUCCACGCUUGACCAUCCUGUAUAUCCCGAAG